AUGGAUUUGGAGAGUGUGGGGUUGGGACACACAUAUGCGUCGGCCUUUGUACCCAGAUUAUUCCUGAACAACACUCUCGCCCUCCCUGCCUUCGUGGCAUCUCUUUCUCUCUUAUUCUUGACUUUUCACGCGUUAUUCGACCUCUGGAAGAGCACUGAAGCCGAAGACGCCGACUUGGACGACUUCGGUGCGAAUGGCAGACAUUUUGAAACGUUCCUCGACUUCUUGGAGGACCGAAUCAACUCGCACGGAGGAUUCACGAUCUUCUGCUUUGUUACGGCACGUCUAAUCGGAUGUCUUGUACUUCUGGCCCUCUCCGCGUGCUCCACCGUCAGUUGCUACAGCUCGGGUCCGCGUCCGAACACGCCGAGCUUCUCCUUCGCCCGUCUCUUCUCACAAUGUCCAGAAGCCUUCAUGACUUUGACUUACCUGUACAGCUCGAUCUCAGCCCUUGUGUCGUUGUUCGCGAACAAAUGGGGUCCGCUUGUGGCCAGAUACAACAUCGUGGUUCUCCUCAGCUCGUUCAGCGUCUACGUGUAUCGCGACAUCUGGCCUUUGGCGACCUACGUCCAAUCGCCGGAAGAUGGGUCCGAAGGACUCACUCUUUGGCUGAAGAUUGUUAUGCUCUUUACUACUGCUGUCAUCAUCCCGCUUUUCGUACCUCGGCGCUAUGUGCCAGUCGAUCCUAAGGACCCUAUGCCAGUAACGAAUGGCGAGGAUACGUGUUCCUGGUUCUCUCUCCUCGUCUUUGCUUUUUUGGAUCCCGUUGUUUCACUGGCCUAUCGAGAAUCGCACUUGAGAUUCGACCAGCUUCCGCCGCUUAUGGAUAAGGACUACGCCAAGAAUCUGAAGCGAAAAUCUUUUCCUCAUUUGGACACAUUCUCGGGAGCGAAACGCCGUCAUAUCUUCUUUGGGUUGAUGCGGAUAUUUUGGAAGGAGUACUUCAUCAUGGCAUUGACGAUUUUUGGCCAAGCUUUCGCUGUCCUCCUCUCUCCCAUUGGUCUCAACCACCUUCUAACCUACCUCCAAAGUGGCGGAGAAGGUGCCGUCGUUCGUCCAUGGUUCUGGAUCAUUUGCAUUUUCGCUGGACCAUUCCUGCGAUUGAUUUGCUCUCAACACUACCUCUUCAUCGCCUCCCGCACCCUUGUUCGUGCCGAGAGCGCUUUGACACAGCUCGUCUUCGAGCACAGCCUUCGUAUUCGCCUCAAGGCUGAGUCUUCCCAUGCGAACGAGUCAGAUGGAAAAGACAUGGGUGCGGUGUCACCUACGUCGAGCACGCCAGACACUACGUCGGUCGCCGAGAGCUUUAGUUCGGCCCCCAGGACGAACGGAAUGGACUCGCAAAGGGCCAGUGAAUCGACUGCCACAGGAUCUCGCGAAGCUUCCAGCGACUCUCGAACGCCAUCAGCCUCUAUCAAGGGAAAAAUAAAGGACGACGGGACGACACUCUCAAAGCCCAAGCCGACGAAAGAGAAGAAGGACGCUCAUAACAUGAUCGGAAAGAUUAACAACCUCGUGACGACCGACUUAGGCAACAUUCUCGAAGGGCGAGAUUUCCUCAUGCCGAUUUUGUUCUUUCCCCUCCAGGUCACACUUUGUAUCGUCCUCUUGUACACUUUCCUUGGUUGGAGCGCUUUCGUUGGUCUCAUAACGAUGGUAAUUCUGCUCUUCGUGCCUGGCUAUGUAACAAAGAAAGUGCAAGAGGUGCAAGCCUUGAGGAUGAAGAAGACGGAUGCUCGCGUCCAAGAUGUGACAGAAGCUGUUAGUGUCUUGAGGAUGAUCAAAUUAUUCGGAUGGGAGGAGAAAAUGGCACGACGAAUCCAAGCUAAACGGGACGAGGAACUGGUCUAUCUCUGGAAGCUCAAGUUUCUCGAAGUAAUAACCUCAAUGCUCAUAUAUCUCAUUCCAGCCCUUACGAUGCUGAUCACAUAUGCAACCUACACCGUCGUAAUGAAGAAAGAGUUGAGGCCCUCAACAAUUUUCUCAAGCAUGGCAGUCUUUCUUGUCCUCCGGAUUCAGAUGAUGACAGGGACGAGUUACCUCAAGAAGGCCAUAAAGGCAAAGGUGUCAUUGGACCGCAUGAACGACUUCCUAAAGAAUACCGAGCUCCUCGAUGCAUUCUCGCACACCACGGUGCUUUCGACCGAGCACGACGACAACAAUACGGAAAUUGGCUUUAUGGACGCGUCUUUCUCGUGGUCGGUCGAGGGCGAGGAUGGUUCGUGCACUCCCAGCAGCCGUCCAUUCCGUCUUCGGAUCGAGGGAAAGCUCACUUUCGAACCGAAUUAUAUCAAUUUGAUCAUUGGCCCUACGGGAUCUGGAAAAACAUCUAUGUUAAUGGCGCUCCUCGGUGAAAUGCAUUACAUGCCCUUGAAUCCCGAUUCCUGGUUCAGCCUUCCUCGCACUGGUGGAAUAGCGUAUGCCGCCCAAGAGGCCUGGGUCCAGAACGAGACCAUUCGUGAAAACAUUCUAUUCGGAUCGCCAUACGAUGAAGCGCGGUAUCGCAAAGUGAUACACCAAUGCGCUUUGGAGAAAGAUCUGGAGCUUUUCGACGCUGGAGACAACACGGAAGUCGGCGAAAAAGGACUUACUCUUAGUGGAGGCCAGAAGGCUCGAGUCAGUCUCGCUCGUGCAAUAUACUCUCCUGCGAAAGUUGUCCUCUUGGAUGACAUCCUCGCUGCUUUGGACGUGCACACGUCAGCAUGGAUCGUCGACAAAUGCCUUCAAGGAGAUGUGCUGAAAGGUCGUACCGUUCUUCUGGUUACGCAUAAUCUCGCAUUAACACGACCGAUCUCGCGAAACAUAGUGUCUAUUAGUCUAGAUGGGACGGUACGCUCGCAGAACGAAGGCCUUGAAGUGCUUAUCGAGUCGGACUCGGCUCUCGCACUGGCGGUCGAACGUGAUCAAGAGGAAACGGUUGUUGCGUUGGAGGAUAUUCCUUCUCUGUCACAUAAGGAAGCGCCGGAUAACGCAGGGAAACUUAUUGUCGCCGAGGAGAUAGCAAAAGGACAUGUCACUUGGAGAUCCUUAAAAUUAUUCUUAUCCGCUCUGGGAGGAGCUCACCCUUUCAUCUUCUUCUCUGUCUGCGUUACAGGGUUUCUAUUGACAGAAUGGUUCAACACCCUCCAGAUAUGGUUCAUGGGCUACUGGGGCUCUCAAUACGAGCGUCAUCAGCCCUCGGAAGUUCGAGCAUUUUCUUACUUGAGCCUAUAUUCAGCCAUACUAUUCUUCUCCAUGGUCCUCUGGGUCGCUGCGUACGGCUUCUACGCAUUUGCGAGCAUGCGGGCGUCGAGAACUAUCCACAUAGCCCUGGUUGAAUCGAUACUGGGAAGCACCCUUCGUUGGCUCGAUGAGACCCCUGCAGGGCGAAUAAUAGCGCGAUGCACGAAAGAUAUUGGUGCUGUUGAUGGCUCCAUUCCCGAAGCAUUUUAUUACCUGACUGAACUCGGGAUGGCCAUGAUGACGAGACUUCUCGUCGUCUUUCUAUUUUCCCCGGCUUUCCUAGUGCCCGGUCUGGGGGUAGCCUUGUUCGGAUUCUAUAUAGGAAAUGUAUACCUCAAGGCUCAAUUAUCUAUUAAACGUGAAAUGAGCAACGUACGCUCGCCAUUACUCACCCACUUUGGCGCCGCAAUUUCCGGAAUAGCUUCUAUCCGCGCCUAUGGCGCACAGGACGCCUUCAAGCUGGAGUCUUUGAAGCGAGUGGACCACUACGUUCGCAUUGCCAGGAUAUCCUACAAUCUCAAUCAGUGGAUUUCUGUUCGGAUUCACUUUUUAGGUGCCAUUUUCACCGCCGCGCUAGCCACCUACUUGGUUUAUGCACGUCCUGUCGGUGCGGCAAACACUGGAUUCUCCUUAAAUAUGGUAGUUGAAUUCUGCACUUUGAUGCUCUGGUGGGUACGAUUCCUCAACGAACUCGAGGUGGAAGCAAACAGCUUGGAACGUAUCUUGGCUUACCUUGAUAUUGAGCAUGAGCCAAAACCGAGAGCAUCGGGAAAUCCUCCCGCGGCCUGGCCAACUAGUGGUGAUCUGCGAGUGGAGAAUCUAUCUGCCCGGUACUCCCAGAACGGACCUAAAGUUUUGCAUGAGCUGUCGUUCCAUGUCGCUUCUGGGCAACGAAUCGGCAUAGUCGGUCGAACGGGAAGCGGAAAGAGCUCUCUUACGCUUUCUCUGCUUCGGUGUAUUCUUACGGAAGGGUCGGUAUACUAUGAUGGCCUGUUGACCGACAAUGUCAACCUGGAUACCCUGCGACACAACAUCACCAUUAUCCCUCAAAUACCUGAACUCCUGAGCGGUACCUUGCGUCGCAACCUGGAUCCAUUCGAACAACACGACGAUGCCACUCUGAACAAUGCCCUUCGGGCUGCCGGUCUAUUUUCCCUUCAGGAGGAGCUGGGUGAAUCAAAGCUGACCCUCGAUAGUAAUAUUGCCACGGGUGGUGGUAAUCUAUCAGUCGGCCAACGGCAGAUCCUGGCACUUGCUCGUGCCAUGGUUCGCGGCAGCAAACUCCUCAUCCUGGACGAAGCAACGUCUGCAAUCGACUACAAGACUGACGCUGUCAUACAAGCAACGCUCCGGCAUCAACUCAGUUCAGACGUAACGGUUAUAACCGUCGCCCAUCGAUUACAGACGAUUAUGGAUGCGGAUAAGAUAAUGGUUCUGGAUAGCGGUCGCAUCGCCGAGUUUGACAGUCCGCGGAACCUUCUCCAGAAAGAGGGCAGCCUAUUCAAGACCCUUGUUGAUGGGAGCGGAGACAAGGCUUUGCUAUAUUCCAUGGCUGAAAGACGAGCUUCGACUUCUCACUGUCAAUAG